GCAUCACAUCUCAAUGUUAUUGUUGCUCAGCUGAUAUUCUUUUGUCGCAAUCGUGUCAUGUCUGUAUUGUUCAUCCGCAUAUUUUUGUGUUUACGCUCUUAUCCCUUAUUCAACGUCGGUGCGCGCAGCAUUGAAGCCUACCUGGAAUUUAUCAAUGGUAUCAGUGCAAAGGAAGUAUUUCACAUUGGUCCUGCUGAUUGCUGGCCAAUGCAGUGGAAUCACAAUUGAUGGCGUGCAGCCCAACUCGACCACACCGUGGUCGCCGGCGCUGCUGGACCUGGCGCUGCCGGCCGGCGCCUCGCACGCCCUCCUGGUGGCGCAGAUCCCGGCCGGUGCGCAGUUCGCGCUCGUGCAGGCGCACGUGCAGCGCGCCAACGUGACGCUCUCGCAGCCGGCCGACGACGGCGGCGGCGCGGAGCAGGUGACCGGGCCGCACGUGGGCCUGGUGGCGCGGCUGGCGCCCGGCCAGACGAGCGCCGAGUUCGGCGUCACCAACCCGAACGCCCGAGGCGUCACGGUGCUUGUCGCCGUCGUGCUCUACCAGGACCGAACACCUUCUGCCGGGCGGCUGCAGCCAAACAGAAUCCGUGCCUGUCGCGCCGUUCUUCCGCGUCCAGUCGAUGCGCGAUGUGGUCAGCGUCUUCACUGUGCCCAGGGCGCAGCUGGGAAUCAACAGGAGCGUGGCCUUCACCUGCGACUCGGCGCGGCAGGCCGUGACGUAUCAGGCAUACGUCAUGUUCUCGUCGUACAACCUGCGUGGCGACUACAAUCGCUCCAAGGAGGCCAUAUCACUCAUGGUGACGCCCGAGUCCCUGAAGGCGCACGCCAUUCCGGUGAGCGGCCGCGAGCCGUCGCUGCCGCUGCGCUACACGCUGGCGCUGUACCGCGGCUACACGGCGCUGUACGGCGUGGCGGUGACCUCGCCGCGCUGGUGCAUGCCCGCCGCCUACGUGCCGGCCGUCCACCACAGCUGCCCCGUGCUCGGUCUGGACGAGGACCCCGACUGCUCGGCGGAGGUGUCGCCGCACUUCUACCUGACGGCUGCGCUGCUGACGCUCGCCGGCAUGACGCUGCUGACGGCCGGCGCCGGCCGCCUGGCCGUCCAGGUGCUGCUCACCACGGCCGUCCUGGUGGCCGCUCUCACCGCCCUGCUCUUCCGUCGGCUGGCCUGGGACGAACCCAACGCGGCGCUGGGCGUGGGUGUGGUGGCCGGCUUGCUCUGCGCCGCCGCCUACACCCGUCUCUGGACGUCCGGCCGCUGUCCGCGCGGCUACAUGACCUUCUCCAUGGCGCUGCUGUUCGGCCUCUCUGUCGGCGCCGUGUUCUUCUUCAUCCCGGCGCUUCAGAUCCCCGACCUGGCGUCUGACCUGGUGUUUUGGCCGGCGCUGAUCCUGGUCGUCUCCGUGCUGUCGUUCGGCGUGCUGCUCCCCAGCCUGGACGUGAGCCUCAUCCUGAUCCGGUCGCUGCUGGGAAGCGUCUGGAUCAUGAUCGCCGUGAGCAUGCUGACCAGCUCCAUGACCCACUACGUCUUCACCAACCUCUUCAGACGCGCCAUCUACCCCAAGUUCCGAUUCGCCAUUCUGCAGAUGGGCUUCCUGGCGCAAGACUACGUGGCGGUGUUCACGUUCGGCCUUCUGCUGCUGGUGUCCGUGAGCGUCUCGUGCGUGCUGUGGCUGCGGCAGCCGGCGGCCGGUCGGGCGGCGACCGAGCGGCGUGGCGAGCGACGACGUCUGCUGCCAGAGGGGCACGCCGAGCUCCAGUACGGCACCAGUCACCAGGCGCCGCCUUCCGCCUGAGAACCGCCCUGCUGUGGCGGUCACUCCCCGGAGCCGCCCCGCUGUGACGGACACUCCGCGGAGCUGCCCCGCUGUGACGGACACUCCCCGGAGCCGCCCCGCUGUGGCGUACACUCCGCGGAGCUGCCCCGCUGUGACGGUCACUCCCCGGAGCCGCCCUGCUAUGACGGACUCUCGCCGGAGCCGCCCCGCUGUGACGGUCACUCCGCGGAGGUGCCCCGCCGUGACGGCCACUCCCGUCACUAGGGAGUGGCUCCCGGUGACGGGCACUCCCCGUCACCGGGAGCCGCUCCGCUGUGACGGCUACUCCCCGCAGCCACUCCGCUGUGACGCCCACUCCCCGGACCGGCCGCUGUGACGGGCAUGCUGGCCUGGAGUGGGCUGUUCUCAAACGCCACUCGGCUCUUCGCCGAGUCAGCUUUGUCGUCUGUGAUGCCAGCCACGUUUCUCCUGCGCGAAAUUGUGGCUGAAUGUACCCUGGACUCGGUCUCGACAUGCUUCAUUCCUCGAUGCGAUCUUGCGCAGUCGUCGGCGCGCACUCCUGAUAUCCGGAUCCCAGCAUGAGACCGAAUCCAGAGCAGAGCCUCUGCCGCCGCUUGCAGAUCGUCUGCCAUAUUGACAAUAUCCUCUGGGCUGUGGGCAUGGCUUGGUGGGGCGUUAGCCACCCGCCGGGGUCGUGUGCUGCGCUGCGCGCUUGUUAAGCUACGUUAUACGCGAAGCUGUACCCGCUGCCCGUAGCGAGUUUGGAUAACUAAGCGUCGUUGGCUGGGUCGUGUUGCCUUCGUGCAUAGCACGGGACACCUGUCGGCUAUGCAGGCGUGCUGUGCUGGACGGGUGUCACCUGCGGGGCACGCGUGUGUGUGCUGACGCUUUGGUACGUCGUCAUCAAUACGCCUUUCUCCGCCGCGGUCUUCCGCUGUUGGGAUCGUGCUCAGUCAGCGCAAAAAGUCAUGUCAUCGUCUUACAUUGAGGUGCACAUGUGGAACAUAAGAAAUGAACUGCAUAGUCAGCACGUGUCCGUAUCGUUUCGUAAGCGGCACAGGUGAUAUGUUUGUCCGCACGUAACGCUCCAUGUUGACACAUCUGUUACGGUACGCUUCAGGGCUCACGUCUGGAUGUAGGCACGCAUUCGCCACGGUUGGAUACUGUGUUGUGGUCUGUACCCGAAAAUGUUAUGGAGUGCGCAGUGUGCUGUCGGAGUCUGCCCUCGCCGAAAGACGCGGCUGCUCGCCGAUAUAUUCAUUUGAUUCGUUGCGGAUUUCAGCGCGCUUCAGGCGUUUAGCCUAGGCGUUUUAGUGCUUAGAGUCCAAGAUGUGUCGGUUUUCGUAGUGGGAUUGGUGUAUGUCAGAGCUGGUUGUAUAUCAGAAUGCAUUAUAUAUCAUAGUGCCUUGUAUAUCACAGUGGCUUGUAAGGGUUUUUAUACUUGUCUGUUCAUGCAAAGCAGUAUGUCGUCGCGUUGGUUUCCUCUAUGACGGUUGCAGUUUAGCCUGCUUGGCCGACGGUACAGCUUAUGCCGGACUGGGGAAGAUGUAUGGGACCAUUGUCUGAUUUGUCGUCCGAGGUGAUGCAUUUUAUGUUCGGACAGGUGUGCCACAGCAGUUUUGUUCGACCAAAGCCACACUGGGGAGCUCUGCUCGUCUGGUGCUGUCGUCCAAGAUGUUGACGCAUUUAUGUGUGAGAAAGGCGAGCUGUUCGGGCCGAUGGUCAGAGACUGACUUGUGGUAGGUGAGGUUCACGGUGUGAUAUUCUGUCUGUCUCACCAGCAGUUGUCAGGGUCGUGACGGCUAUCUAGAGCUACUCAAAGAUCCAUCUCGCGGAGCUCUUGGUAAUACAUCGCGA